GAUGACCGACUCAUACGCUUCGUCUCGCAAUGGCGAUGCCUCUAGUCAUGGCAUUGCCAAUGGUUCGAGCCCGUCGCUCGUCCCAACUGGCCACACCACUGCCAUUUCCAACGUCAUUCGCAAGAAGCUCAUGGGCUACGUCGGUUUUGCCAAUCUUCCCAACCAGGUCCACAGGAAGAGCGUGAGGAAAGGGUUUCAAUUCACCGCUAUGGUUGUUGGAGAGUCAGGUCUUGGAAAAUCAACAUUGAUUAACACCCUUUUCAACACCACCCUCUACCCGCCCAAGGAGCCCCUACCACCCGCGGCAGAGAGGCCCAAAACCGUUGCCAUUGAGAGCAUUGGCGCAGAUAUCGAGGAGAACGGUGUUCGACUUCAUUUAACCGUCGUUGAUACUCCUGGAUUUGGUGACUUUGUCAACAACGAUGACAGCUGGAAGCCCAUUGUGGAGAACAUCGAGUCUCGUUUCGACUCGUACUUAGAACAAGAAAAUCGUGUCAACCGCAUCAAAAUUGUUGAUAACCGUGUGCAUGCCUGCCUUUAUUUCAUCCAGCCUACCGGGCACGCUUUGAAGCAACUUGAUAUUGAGUUUAUGCGCAGACUUCACACCAAGGUCAAUCUGAUUCCUGUCAUCGCCAAGGCAGAUACUAUGACGGAUGAAGAGAUUGCCGAGUUCAAGGAGCGAAUUUUGUCGGAUAUCGCCCACCACAACAUUCAUAUCUUCCAAGCCCCCACUUAUGAUAAUGAGGAUGAGGAGACCAUUGCAGAGGCCGAGGAGAUUGCCAGCAAGAUCCCCUUUGCUGUCGUCGGCUCAGAUAAGAUUGUGACCACUCCUGAUGGACGCCAAGUCCGCGGCCGCGCAUACCCUUGGGGUGUGGUUGAAGUCGAUAACGAAGAACAUUGUGAUUUCGUCAAGCUCCGACAAAUGCUUGUUCGUACGUACAUGGAGGAACUUAGGGAGUACACCAACGAUGUUCUCUACGAGAACUGGCGGACGGAGAAGCUGCUCAGCAUGGGAGUUGCUCAAGAUUCGACCGUCUUCAAGGAGAUCAACCCCGCGGCAAGGUUGCAGGAAGAGCGUGUCCUGCAUGAAGCCAAACUUGCUAAGAUGGAGGCCGAGAUGAAGAUGGUGUUCCAGCAAAAAGUGCAGGAAAAAGAAGCCAAGCUCAAGCAGUCUGAAGAAGAGUUGUAUGCUCGUCACAAGGAGAUGAAGGACGCCCUUGAGAAACAACGUGCGGACCUUGAUGAUAAGAAGAGGAAGAUUGAGAGCGGCCGACCUUUGACGCCGGAGAAAGCCUCUACUGGUAGGAAGAAGGGGUUCCUUCGCACGUAAGAUACUCUCCGUACGUGAAAAUCUGAAGACUUCAGGCUCGCCACCCUCUCUCUUUGGAUGUUUCAUAUUGACGAUUGCCCCCCCUCCGACCUCUUCUCUCUUCUCUGUAUCAUGUCCGUUGAUUAAAUUAGGUUGUUUUUACUCACUCUUUAUCUUCUUGGCUCUCACGAAUAUUCCCCACACUCUUUCGAUGGAUAACCCCUACUGCCUAGCACUUUAAGUACUUGAUGUUCUGCGCUACAUUUAUACCACGAUUUUGGCACUU